AUGACCACGAAAUUGACUCAAAUAGAAUCAAAUCUUGAUUUGCAAGAAUGCUAGACUUUAGAACAUCUCAUUCAAGACAUGGUUUCAUAGUACUCAUCAAUUCCAAUACUAAACCAAUCGCAAUCGAAGCUCAGAUUGCAACAACCCUAAAAGCAAUGGAAUGUUAGUGUGAAGUAAGAUUAGUUCCGAUAAUAAAACUAGAUAAUUGGAAUCUUUGAUCCAUCAAUGUGUAAUUGUCUUAAAUAAAUUCCUGAUGGAUUUGGAUUACUCGCAUUUGAAGGUGUUCCAAAUAUUCAUGAAUAAACAAAUCUAGUAUCUGUUAUGUUGUUAUGUAGACAUUUACAAAAAAAGAAAGAUCAAAUAUUAAAAGACAAUCUUUCAGUUUGUAGAAUUUGUGACUAGGAAAUAAAUAUGAAUACAAUGUAAUAACAUAGUUAAGGUUGUUUAGAAAAGGCAAACAUUAAAAGAUUAUUAGUUUAAGAGAACUUAAUUCUUGCUUCUAUUUCAGAAAAAGCAUAUCAAGUAAAGCAUGACAUUCAAGUCAAAUAAGGAAUGAAAUUGUAACCUUUAUUAUCAUUAAAUACUAGAAUGAAGGAGUUGAAGAAUCAAUCUAAAAGAGUAAUUAGGCAAGAUGACGUUAAAGAAGAAGAGUUGGGAUCAAUCAAUUAAGCAUUGUCAUCCAUAUAUCAACAUGCAGAAAAGAUAUUCAAUCAACCUGAAAAUGAAGAACUCAAAUCUAAUAUGUUAUUAGUAUCAGAAUUAUCAAUAGCAUUGUUAAAUAUUUCUCAUUAAUAGAGUAAAUAAAUUAUAAUUGAUGCUUAAAAUUCAUUAAAAAAUAGAAUUGAGCAUCUCAAAAAAAUCCAAUUAAUACAAAAUAAAGAAACAGAAUCCUAAAUAGAUUCUAUCAAAAAGAAUUUCCUAAACAAAGCUAACUCCAUCUCCUUUAUCCACUCCAAGUUUUCAAAUCAAUUAAACCAAAACCCUUUGAUGAAAUAGGGUUCUCUUCAACCUAAAUCCAAAGCAGUCAAAAAUCUAUUUGAAAAAACCAAGACUGUUCAUCUGACUCCAGAUGUUCCCACUAGACCAUAAUAGAUUUAAAAAAUGAGUAAAUUUAAAAUGGAGAAAUAGAAGGAUGAAGAGGAAGAAGAUGAUGAAGAUUUCAAUUCCAAAUAAAUACUAAAAACUGAAGUCAUAGAAGAUGAUGAUGUUGAUAUGAAUGUCUAAAAGGAAAUCUUCAAAGAAAAAGGCUAUAAUUCUGAUAGCGAAGUUGUCACUUUCAAAGAAAGUCAAAAUAAUACCACAGUAAGAAUGGCUGAUUUUGAUAUUAUUAAACCACUAGGCCAAGGUGCUUUCGGAGGAGUCUUACUGUGCAAAAAGAAGACAUCCUAAGAUUUAUACGCAAUCAAAAUUAUCGAUUGUGCUAAUUCAUCUUUAGAAACUCUAAAAGCUGAACGUAAUAUCUUCGAAAUAUUGACUGGUGACUUUGUGGUUAAAGCCUACUAUUCCUUUGUUCACGAUCACUACUAUUGUUUUGUCUAAGAGUAUAUGGUUGGAGGUGACUUUGCCAAUAUUCUCAAAGUCUAUGGAGCACUUGACGAAGCAUAUGUUCAAUUCUACUUGGCUGAAAUCGUCUUAGCAUUGGAAUACUUGAGGAAGAAUAACAUUGUUCAUAGAGACUUAAAACCUGAUAACAUACUAUUAGAUAGUUAAGGUCAUGCCAAAUUGGCUGAUUUUGGGUUGUCUGCCUAAGGUAUGAACACCAAAUUGAAGAAGUAAUUGCAAAGGUAGUAGAAUUUUAAAAUUAAAGGAAUUGUUGGAGAUAUGAUUCAAAAUCUUCAAAUCAAUUAUGAACCAUAAUACAACAUCCAUAAAUCUCUCAAAAAACAAUCGGUCGAAACCAAAGCCAUAGUGGGGACUCCAGAUUACAUUUCUCCUGAAAUUAUCAAAGGAGUGUCUUCCGAUAAUUAUAGUACAGAUUACUGGAGUCUAGGCGUCAUCAUGUACGAAUUGUUGGUGGGAGUACCACCUUUCAAUGAUACUACAGUUGAGAGACUAUUUGAUAAUAUAUUGAAUUUGAGAAUGGAAUGGCCACAAAUAGGGUCUGAGGAAGACUGCAUAUCUCAUAAUGCUGCUGAUUUGAUUAAAUAGUUGAUGGAGCCUGAAUUUACUAAGAGAAUUGGACACAAUAACAUUUAGGAGAUCAAAGAUCACCCUUUUUUCGAUGGAAUUGAUUGGAAUUAAUUAAGAAAAAUGCCAGGCUUGAUUGUUCCGAGAAUGGUAAUUACUGGAAAUGAAAAACCAAAUUCAGACAAAAUUGAUGCAUUUCUGAAAAACAUGAAUAAGUAGGAUGACAAAUACUAAAAAAUAGCUUAAAACAUUAAAAAAGAACUCUAGAAUUUUGAACGGAUUGAUUUAUUGUAAUAGAAGAGUAUUGAAGAAGCAUAGAUUAAGAAAAAAAAAUAAUAAUUAUUAAUAAAGGAUAUAGAAUAAUAAAUACAAAAAUUUCAAAGUUAAAUAUAGAUCAAAUGA